UCCCUCCAUUUUUCUCAGUCCCUCACUUCACAAAUCAGACAUAACCACCAAUGGCUACAUUCCCUUCAAUCCUAUUUCUUAUUUUUAUAAUUUCUCUUCAAAUCCCAUCCCUCAUUGCCUCAUCUUCAGCAGUACAAAACCCAGAAUUCGUAGUUGAAGAAGUACACAGGAAGCUCAAUGCAUCAAGGAGGAAACUAGGAUUCCUUUCUUGUAACACGGGUAAUCCCAUUGACGACUGCUGGCGGUGCGACUCCAACUGGGAGACGAACCGCCAAAAGCUAGCGGAUUGCGCUAUAGGGUUCGGGAAAAACGCAGUUGGUGGAAGAGAUGGUAAAAUUUACGUUGUCACGGAUUCCGGUGACGAUAAUCCAGUGACGCCGAAGCCCGGGACUCUCCGGUAUGCGGUCAUCCAAGACGAACCAUUAUGGAUCAUAUUUGCUAGAGAUAUGGUGAUCCAAUUGAAGGAGGAGCUGAUUAUGAACUCAUUCAAGACCAUUGAUGGAAGGGGUGCUAGUGUACACAUUGCUGGUGGUCCAUGCAUUACUAUACAAUAUGUUACUAACAUUAUUAUUCACGGAAUUAACAUACAUGAUUGUAAGCAAGGAGGGAAUGCUAUGGUGAGGGACUCCCCAGGGCACUACGGGUGGCGGACCUUAUCGGACGGUGAUGGUGUGUCGAUCUUUGGUGGGAGCCACGUGUGGGUAGAUCAUUGCACCUUGUCUAAUUGUCGUGAUGGUUUGAUUGAUGCCAUUCACGGGUCCACUGCUAUUACCAUUUCAAACAAUUAUAUGACCCACCAUGAUAAGGUCAUGCUUUUAGGACAUAGUGAUGCCUAUGGCCAAGACAAGAACAUGCAAGUUACAAUUGCCUUUAAUCACUUUGGUGAAGGGCUUGUUCAAAGAAUGCCAAGAUGUAGACUUGGUUACUUCCACGUGGUAAACAAUGACUACACCCACUGGGAAAUGUACGCAAUUGGAGGGAGUGCUUCGCCGACCAUCAACAGCCAAGGCAAUAGAUUUCUUGCUCCAAAUGACCGGUUCAACAAAGAGGUGACAAAACACGAGGAUGCACCAGAAAGUGAAUGGAAAAAUUGGAAUUGGAGAUCGGAAGGGGACUUAAUGUUGAAUGGUGCCUUUUUUACGCUUUCGGGCGCCGGAGCUUCAUCGAGUUAUGCUAAGGCUUCAAGCUUAGGUGCAAGGCCGUCUUCACUAAUUAGUUCCAUUACCUCCAGCGCGGGCGUCCUCCCCUGCAAGAAGGGCUCUCGUUGCUAGUGAAAUUACUAUAUUGUCCUCUGCAUUAAUGUGAAAAUUUCACAUUUCUAGAAAAAAAAAAAAAAAACCCUCAGGAUUUUAUAGAAUAUAAGAAAAUUAUAUAUGGCCAAGAAUAGGUCCAAGAAGUCAAGAUACUAUUGCUAGUCUCUCUCUCUUCCCCUUCAUGUUUUUACUUUUAGAAUUGAUUGUCAAAUACAACCUCGGCAUGUUAAAUAUGAACCAAUGGAAGUUCGGUCGAGCUUGUAAUUGGUUUUAUGUGAAAGCAAGUGAAGAAGUGUUGAUUUUAGUUAUUUAACUCUUUCUCUCAA